AUCACCACCACCACACUACUCAAACACUCCAACAAUGUCUUGCAAAUACUUGACAGUUUUCCUACUCCUCGGAGUCGCCAUCCUCCUCUCUGCGGCAACUCCCUCGGUCGCCGACCACGACCACGAGCUCGACAGGUUCGGGAGAAACAAGCCUCACAAGUCCCAUCACGGCAAGGGACAUGGGCCGGGACACGGACAUGGUCACCUCCUGUUAGAGGAAGAGGAGGACAGCAAUGUUGUUGAGGCGGGAGAGGAUCACCGUGGAGGCCGCGGUAAGGGGGAGAAGCCCUCGCCGGAGCACAAGCCACGCCACGAGCACAACCACCCCCGUCCGCCUAAGGAGGGAGGGAAGCACCACCACCCCGGAGGAGGAAUGAGGCGGUUGUUCGCGGCGGCGGAGGAGGAGGAGGUUGUGGCUGGGGAGGAUCACUACUCCGGCAGAGGACGCGGCAAGGGUGAGAAGGGGUCCGGCCGUCAUCAUCACGAUCAUGAGAAGCCCAAACACGAGAAGCCGCGUCACCGCAAGUUCCCUCCUCCGUCUGCUAACUAAUUAAGAAGUCGGUAAUGUGUGGUACGUACUAGCAAAAUAAAGACAUGGUGCAGUAGUACUGCUACCGUAGGUCGUAUGUUGAAUGUUGCGCCUGCGUUUAUCCUUUACCUAAUGUAGUCGUUUGUAAUGUGAUAGUUUGGAGCUCUUUGCUUUUUGCCUCGUAGCCGUUGGCUUGUUACAGCCCUACUUAUAUAGGCGGCUUGUACGUACCUUUAUAAUAUUUUGUCGAUGAAAUAUUUAUUGUAGUACCAUAAAAAUACUAUUUCCCCCACGAUGACAAACCGAUUACUUUGGGUGACACCAGUAAGUGCAUGCAUAGAGUUUGGUCUCGUUUGGACGGAGUAUUUGUGUGAGUUAUUUGUGUCCAAAUAACUCAUAACACAAAUAACUCGUUUGAUAACAUUUUACGGAAAUGGGUUAUUUGGGCAAUGAGUUAUUUGAAAUAACUCAUACCCCUUUGUUAUUUCGAAAUAUAAAUUAUUUUACCAC